AUGAACAUUGAUGUCGACUGCGCUGAUCCCGAUGUCGCAUUGGCAAUGCCUUUCAAACCUCAUAACCAAACUUCCAACCAGGAUAUCAUCACCGGUGCCCUGAUGAACCCCCUUUACAAGGAUUUGGUCAUGGAGACAAUUACCAAGUACAAGUCUGAACCUUGGGAGAUCAUCUACGACCGUGUGGCCGUAGCUAUCUGCAAACAGAACAUUGUCAACAUCCAAGACCGUGUCCUUCUCCAGGUGUCUUGUCACAUCUUGCACGACACCGAAGCCGUUCUUACCCAUGCUAGGAGAUACGACCAGUUCUUCAAAGAGGCCGGUAUUGGUCGUGACAAAUACUGCAUCAAGAUCCCCAUCGUCGGACCUUCCAUGGUCGCUGCUAAGAUCCUCAACGCUGAGGGUAUCCGAACUCUCGGAACUUCCCUCUUCGGUCUUUCCCAAGCUAUCGCCGCUGCUCAAGCUGGUUGUUUGAUGGUUUCGCCUUACUACAAUGAAUGCGACGCCCAUGCAAACCGUUCCCUCUGGCCUGAUGUUGAAGACCCGGCCACUCAACACCCUUCUUCUUUCCGUAUCAUCUCAUACUUGCAAGCUUACGAAGAGCUUUACAAGCGUACUGGUAAAGAACAACCCAAGGUCAUGUCUGCUUCUUACAUCACCGCUAAAGAAGUCGUAGCAUCCGGUGAAAUCGGUUGUUGGGCAGUGACUCUCCCUCCUGUUCUCCUGAAAGAACUAGCAGAAACCCCAGACGAUUCUCCUCCUUCCGGUAUCCCCAAACCAAACCAUCCUUACAUGCACCGACCUUCCCUCUCCAAGCGUCUCGCUCAUAUGGUCGGUCUUGAUCCUUUGGCAGGUAAAGAAUGGGAAGGUAACCAAGCGAGUUUAGACGUUGAUUAUCUCGCUGAUGGUGGUGCUGCUUUGGAAGAAGCUAUGAAGAAAGAUGCUGUCGUUUUGCCUCGUCUUAAACAAGCUGUUGAUUUGUUCAAUGGAAGAGAGGAUGAAGGUAAAGAAUGGAUUUUGGAAACUCUCAAAACUCUUGCUUAA